AUGGCAAACUCCUUGCUGGAAGCGCGGGUGGAAGGCCAUCCCGGCUGGCUCCUGGCGUGCCACGAGCACUGGAAUCUCUCCCUGGGCUCCAUGUUCUGCCGGCAGCUCGGGUAUCUCAGAAUGACCCAUCAGAAAGGAGUGAACCUGAUGGAUGUCGAGGUGAAUGGCACACAGGAGUUUGUUCAGGUGAGACCCCACCAGGAAGGCAGCCUGGAAGACAUGUGGCAGGUCAGGAGCAGCUGUGAAUCAGGCCGAAUUGUGGCUCUGCAGUGCUCAGAGUGCGGGCUGCACCCCGCUGCUGCUCGGGUGGUCGGGGGUGCGGAUGUGCCCGCAGGGCGCUGGCCCUGGCAGGUCAGUGUGUACCAUGGCUCCCAGCACCGCUGCGGAGGCUCCGUGCUGGCCCGUGAAUGGAUCAUCACAGCAGCUCACUGUGUGCACAGUUACAGGUGGCUUCAGACCUCUGCCUGGCUGGUUUUUGCAGGCGUUAUCAACCACGGCUCCAUCAAGCAGGAGGACGGGGUAUCAGUAAAGGAAAUAAUUUACCACCCGCUUUACAACGGCAACAGCCUUGACUACGACAUUGCUCUGAUGAAGCUCCAAGUCCCCUUGAAUUUCUCAGAUGCCAUCCGUGCUGUGUGUCUGCCACCCUCGCACCAGGACCUCUUCCAGGGCACGCAGUGCUGGGUCUCUGGCUGGGGUUAUACCAGACCAGGCCAAGCGCAGGUUGCCAAGACUCUGAAGGAAGCACUUGUUCCAUUAAUUGGUACCAAGAAGUGCAAUAGCUCAUGCAUGUACGCAGGCGAGCUCACUGCCACGAUGCUGUGCGCCGGCUACCUGCAGGGGAACAUAGAUGCGUGCCAGGGUGACAGUGGGGGCCCCCUGGUUUGCCAGGAUGAAUUCGCGUGGCGCUUGGUGGGCAUCGUGAGCUGGGGCCAGGGCUGUGCUGAACCCAACCACCCUGGGGUCUACACCAACGUGGCUCAGCUUCUGCCGUGGAUUCAUCACAUCACUGAGGUCUACUAGAAAUAAGGCAAGGAGAGACUUCACAGAGCAACUUUGCCCUUUCCGUGUAGUAAGUGGAGAAUGGUCCACAACUAAUUUAUACUGUUACUAUACCCUAAGGGAAUGCCCAGACACCAGUAGAAAAUGUG